CAAAUCAAAUGCGAGGACGUUUAUUCCCUAGACCAAUGACAAUCCGUACUCUUACACCAAAACGCCCUUCAUUAGUUAGAUUGAACUCUAGUUUCUGUGUCUGUCAAAUUAUUUAGCUACCUAGCCAAUGUUAGCCCUGGAUGACACUCAAAGGAAUGGCGAGCAGCUGAGCAGUUUCUGCCAAAAUUACACCGGGACACACGUUAACAUCUCUGUUAAAGGGACUUUUACAGCUCUUUAGCAAAUACGCAGCGGAUGGCCUGGACAGCACUUGUCGUGGGGCCUACAUAGAAAGAGGGACAUCAAUCUGAACCUCUGAAUGAGUAAUGAACCUUAACCCCUUCUGGAGCAUGUCUGCCAAUACAAGUCGCAAGAGAUCUGACGUCGAGGAACAGAGUGGGCACAGGGAGCAGAGAGCCAGCCCGGCCCGACUGCCCUUUGGCAAAAAGCAGCUUCCCCCCAUUCCUAAGAAUGCAGCCCCCAUUACCAAGCCUGCAUCAACGGGCACCCCAGCCCAGUCAGCCAAUGGCACACACGCCUCCUAUGGCCCUUUUUACUUGGAGUACUCUCUGCUGGCUGAGUUCACACUAGUGAUUAAGCAGAAACUCCCUGGAAUUUAUGUGCAGCCAUCCUACAAAUCUGCACUAAUGUGGUUUGGGGUCAUAUUCAUCAGACAUGGCUUGUACCAGGAUGGAGUCUUCAAAUUCACAGUGUAUAUUCCAGAUAACUAUCCAGAUGGAGAGUGUCCUAAAUUAGUGUUUGACAUCCCAGUCUUCCAUCCUCUUGUUGACCCUGUGUCUGGAGAGCUUGAUGUCAGAAGAGCUUUCAACAAAUGGAGACGAAAUCACAACCACAUCUGGCAAGUUUUGAUGUAUGCACGUACAGUUUUCUACAAGAUCAAUACCACGGAACCACUCAACCCAGAGGCGGCUGUGCUAUAUGAAAAGGAUGUGCAGUUGUUCAAAAGCAAAGUGGUGGAUAGUGUGAAACUAUGCAACAGUCAUCUUUUUGACCAGCCCAAGAUAGAUGAUGCCUAUGCAAUAAGUUUUUCGCCAUGGAACCCAGCUGUUCACGAGGAAGCAAAAGAGCGGAUGUUCACAUACAAAAGACGGCCUGAGGAUCACCACAAGGGAACGCAGGUGUCGGGGCUGUCUUGGGUGAAGCCUGGUUCGACGCAGCCCUUCAGCAAAGAUGAGAGUCCUCCCCAGAGCUGAACCUGCACUGUCGCUGCAGCAGCCACUAGAGGGAGGCACAGCUGUUUAUUUGAGCUGGAUCCAUGAAACAGUUGGGAGAACUCUUCUGUUAAAUCUCCACCUUAUUGCUCAGCUUUAAAAGCUUUGUAGGCAUUUCCUCAAACAGCUUUAGAAUAAGGAAAACGUUUAUUAUAUGUAAAUCGACGAUGACAAAUGGAUGUCCGUGCAAACAUCAUUUAGGCUGUGAUGCAAUCAAAGAGCUUUCUCAUUUAGAUUUUCAGAUCCAUGCACAUGUGGGGCUAGUUGAUACAACAUUCUGU